AGUGAAGAGACAUGGAAAUAGCUGCUGGAUAAUAUAGUGAGGGAUGCAUGAUAACUAGCUAAAUAAUCCUGCUGCUUGAGACCGGAAAGCAUCGCAAGUUGGGACAAGUUACACAAAGUCCAGAACAGACAUGAGGACAGGCAGGACAUGAUGUACUGAGAAGGAAAAUGUUCAACCGAACCACCGUGACCGAGUUCCUUCUCCUGGGCUUCUCUGAGAGUCGGGAGCUGCAGAUUUUACAAUUUGUGGUGUUUCUAGUGAUUUACCUGGUAGCCCUGACAGGGAACCUCUUUGUUAUCACCGCUGUAAUCCUUGACCUCCAUCUUCACACCCCCAUGUACUUCUUACUGAUAAAUUUAUCCAUCCUGGACCUCGGCUUUAUCUCUGUCACCAUCCCCAAAUCCAUGGUCAACUGCGUCAUGAACACCAGGUCAAUUUCUUAUUUUGGAUGCUUUGCCCAAGUCUUUUUCUUCAUAUUAUUCUCUUCAGCAGAUGUUUUCUUACUCAUCAUCAUGGCAUAUGACCGAUACAUCGCUAUCUGCAAACCACUGCACUAUGAGAGGGUGAUGAACAGGAGAGCUUGUGUCCAAAUGGCAGCCAGUGCCUGGAUCUGUGGUCUUCUCAAUUCUGCACUGCACACUGGAAGCACAUUUUCCAUAACCUUCUGUGGAGGCAACAUGGUGGAUCAGUUCUUCUGUGAAAUCCCCCAGCUACUCAAGCUCGCCUGCUAUGACUCAAACCGCAGUGAAGUGCGAGUUAUUGUAUUUAUUAUCUUUUUAGGCUUAAGCUGCUUUGUUUUAAUAAUUGUGUCAUAUGUCCAGAUCUUCAACACAGUGCUGAGAAUCCCCUCUGAGCAGGGCCGGCAUAAAGCUCUGUCCACCUGCCUCCCUCACCUCAUUGUGUUCUCCUUGUUUGUUUCCACUGGCACCUUUGCCUACCUGAAACCCACCUCAAGCACUCCAACAGGUGUGGAUCUCAUGGCGGCUGUUCUCUAUUCUGUGGUGCCUCCAGUGAUGAAUCCGAUCAUCUACAGCAUGAGGAACAAGGAUAUCAAAGCUGCCCUAUGGAAAAUAAUUGGAUCGAGGUUGUUCUCCAAGAAUAAAAUGCCCAUAUUUCUCCCAUGACCAUAGUUUCAUUGAGCAUUUCUUCAUAAAUAUAACCAACUGAUGAUACAAUUGUUCCCAUGUGAACAUAGCAUGCAAUCUGUUUAUGCGGUAGAAAAAAUCCAGACUAGCUCCAUUGAACUCAAUGGACUUACUGUAGGGUUUGACUGGUGUA